CUCGGAUAUCCAUUAAAAAAACGAAAGGGCAAAUUCACGGGAAGAAGCGUAUUGUGACGGUGAACCCACGGAGUCAAUCCGUGCUUUAUUAUUAGGGAAAGAUGUAUAUAUAUAUAAAUUGAAUAUAAUAAUUAUUUUCUUCUAAAUAUAAAAGGUGCACUACUAUUUCUUUAUUUUGGAGUGGGCCGGGUUGGGCUCGGGCUUUGGGUCUACAGCCCGGGCUAGCCCAGGGGGCUGUUUGAGCUUGGAUGGAAAUGCUCCAGGGCCCGAAACAUAGGAAACCCAAAAGAAAGGCAACAAGACGGGCGAGCAGCAGUGUACCAGCAAUAACAGAGGCGGCAGCCAUAGCAGCGAGCUCCACCACCACCACCACCACCCUCUUGUCUCUUCCACUUCCACUCUCUGUCCUCGCUUUAGCCCCUCUGAUCUCUGUCCCUCUUCUUUUCUUGCCUUUUUUUGGCGGAGAGCGAGAACUGCAGGUCCCCCCAAAAGAGGUCUGGAUCCUUUGGUGUUUUCUCAACCUUCUUUACCUGUCCUCAAAUGGCCGCCUCCUCCCCCUCCCCCUCCCCCUGCUCAUCACAUCCCCGCUAGUCCCCCCAUCUCACUGCCUCCCCUGCUACCUCUGCCGCUUCUUGGUUCUUUGCUCCACGAGAGGAGCACGUGAGCAGCACGCGAUGGAGGCCAGGGCGCCGUCGGCGGCGAGCGCGAGGGCCGUGGCGGCGCUCCUCGUCGCCGCCCUCCUGCUCGGCGCCCCCGUCUCCGCCUCGGCCGCGUCCUCGUACCCCGCAAAGGUCCUGGGCGGGCUCUUGACCAGCACGGCGACGGCGGUGGCGAAGAAGCUCUGGUCUCUCAAAUCGACCGCCAGGACGGCGACGGCGGCGGCCUCCGGGAGGUCCAUGGUGAAGUACGAGGGCGGGUACGCGGUGGAGACGGUGUUCGACGGCAGCAAUCUGGGGAUCGAGCCGCACUCCGUCGAGCUCACCCCCGCCGGCGACCUGCUCCUGCUCGACUCCAUGAACAGCAACCUCUACAGGGUCCAGCUGCCCUUGUCCCGAUAUAGCAGGCCAAAGCUUGUCGCUGGUUCGCUUGAAGGAUUAUCUGGUCAUGUUGAUGGUAGGCUCCGGGAGGCCAAGCUGAACCACCCUAAGGGAUUUACAGUCGACGACAGGGGCAACAUUUAUGUUGCAGACGCUAUGAACAUGGCAAUAAGAAAGAUCAGUGAUACAGGGGUCACAACCAUUGCUGGGGGGAAAUCAAUGAGAGGUGGACACAUGGAUGGACCAAGCGACGAUGCAAAAUUUUCAACCGAUUUUGAAAUCCGCUAUAUCAGCAGUAGCUGCUCCCUCUUGGUCAUUGACAGAGGAAACCAAGCAAUUCGGGAGAUCCCACUCCAGCCUGAUGACUGUGAAUAUCAGGAUGAAGCUGGUUUCCCUCUAGGUGUUGCCUUGCUUUUUGCUGCUGGUUUCUUUGGUUACAUGCUUGCGUUGCUCCAGCGCCGUGUUUUAGGAAUGGUCUCAGCAACAGAGGAACCUCAGACGCCUCCAAGACCCAGCAAUGCAAGCAUCCCUCCAUAUCAACCAUACCAACCAUACCAGCAGCCAUUCAAGCCUUCGUUUCGCCCGCCGCUGAUCCCAAAUGAAGACGAAGCUGGGAAACAUGAAGCUGAAGAGGGAUUCUUCACCUCGAUGGGCAAGCUCAUGGGAGGAGCAAAAUCAUCCGUGGCAGACAUGUUCUCCCGAAAGAAGCGCCCCGCAAGACAGCACCAUCAGCAGCACCAGCAGAGAAGGGCCAACCCUUGGCCAGUGCAAGAAAGCUACGCCAUCCCGCACGAGGAAACGCCUCCGCCGCUGGACUCGAGAGGGCCAACCCCUCAGAAGAACUACGCCUUUGUGACGACGGAGCCUGAGAAGGCUCACCACGUCCGGCAUGGGCAGCCCUAUCUUGGCGGUUGGGAUGCACGCGGCCCUCAACCGCCGCCGGAGCAGCAGCAAGUGUAUCCCCACCACCAGCAGCAGCAGCUGCAGCAGCACAGACAGCAGUUGGAGCAGCAGGUGUACCGGCAGCAGCACAGGCAGCCGCCGGAGCAGCAGGCGUACCAGCUGCAGCAGCAGCACCAGCAGAGGCGGCAGCCGGAGCAGCAGAUGUACCAGCUGCAGCAGCACAGGCAGUACUCCUCCGGGCCGCAGACCUUCUACGAGCAGAGCUGCGAGACGACGAACGAGGUGGUGUUCGGCGCGGUCCAGGAGGUGGACAGCAAGCGGCGCAUGGUGGAGAUCAAGGCGGUGAACUACGGCGACACCUUCUACGAGCAGUAUGGGAUGCGCUACCGCAACAACUACAUCGGCUACAACAGCAACAACUACUGACUGACUGACUGACGAUCGAUCCUUCCAUGGCAUCAUCCUUUUUCGUUUCUCUUGCUCUUUUGCUUCUUCAGUAGAUUUACCGCUCCUUCUUAUAUCCCCUGUACAUCAAGGGCUGGGCUCUCAAGGAAGGCGACGGGAGAAAAAUGGAAGAAGGCGUGGUAGGAAUUACUAGUAGUCUCGUGUCUCCUUUAGAUUGUGCAAUGGAAUCGCUGGGGUUUUGGUAGUGUACCCUGAUGAAUGAUGAUCACAGAUUGCUGGCCUUGUUUAUGCAUGUAUAGAGCUCCA